UCUUGAUUCUACCAAAUCAAAACAGAACUGCAAAAUAACAAAUAAAGAGAACAACAAAAAUUAUUUCUACCAUCUUGAAAAGCCUGAACUCUACCUUCGCCGGUAAACCUAUCUCAUCAUCCGCCGCCACCAAUCGAGUUGCGACACCAACCGCAGCCAUGCCAAGCAAGCUGAGGAAGGCGAUCGGCGCCGUGAAAGACCAAACCAGCAUCAGCCUGGCCAAGGUCUCUCCGACUGCCAACUCUUCGAGCCUGGGCAUCGCCAUCCUUAAGGCCACCACCCACGACGAAGUCCCCAUGGACGACCGCUACGUUUGCGAAGUCCUCGAGCUGGUCGCCGCCAGCAAGAACAAUGCCGCCGCCUGUGCUCAUGCCGUCGGCAAGCGCAUCAGCCGCACGCGCAAGUGGAUCGUCGCCCUCAAAUCCCUCAUGCUCGUCCUCCGGAUCUUCCAGGACGGCGACCCUUUCUUCCCCCGCGAAGUCCUCUACGCCAUGAAACGCGGCGCCAAAAUCCUCAACCUCUCCAACUUCAGGGACGACUCCAACUCCAGCCCCUGGGACUACACCGCCUUUGUCCGCACCUUCGCUCUUUAUCUCGACGAGCGCUUGGAUUGCUUCCUCAUGGGCAAGCUACAGCGCCGGUUUGUCGCUUAUACCCGGGGGAGGCCGGACGACCACCGCAACAGCCGGCGGGCGAAGGAGCCCGUCCGGGACAUUAAACCUGCGAUUCUGCUCGAAAAAAUAACCUACUGGCAGCGGUUGCUGGACCGCGCAAUUGCCACCCAGCCGACCGGCGCCGCCCGGUCCAACCGUUUGGUGCAGAUUUCACUGUACGCGAUCGUGCAGGAGAGUUUUGACCUGUACCGGGACAUUUCUGACGGGCUGGCGCUCCUUCUCGACAGCUUCUUCCACCUGCAGUACCAGUCCUGCGUCAAUGCCUUCCAGAAUUGCGUUAAGGCCUCCAACCAAUUCGAACAGCUCUGCGCCUUCUACGAUCUGUGCAAGAGCAUUGGGGUUGGGAGGACUUCGGAAUACCCAAGCGUCCAGAAGAUAUCUCACGAGCUCAUAGAUACUUUAUGCGAGUUUUUGAAAGACCAAGCUUCUUUCCCGACGAACGGGAAACUGCCCACUCCGAAUUUGUUUCUCCCGGCGGCGACACCGGGGCCGCAGGGUUCUUCCAGAUCUGUUGGUUCAUGCUCCGAUCUCGGCGAAGGAAACGACCCGGAAGCCAUGUCGGAACCGACAGAGAGAUUUUCCGACAAAGAGUCUGGGUCUAGUUCGCGGUGCCCCUCCUCCGACGAUUUAAUUAGUACCGCGGAAACCGAGGCGACAGCGGCGGACGAUGAGGAGUCCGUUUGUUCAGUAUUCGACCAGAGAACAAGCUCGUCCGUUGACCUUGCGUCCUUGGAUGACCCUCGGCCACAACAAAUUCGCAAAACAGAGGAGGAAGAACAAAAGGAACAAGCAGAGCAGGAACACCAAGAAGAAGAACGAGAACCGGAAACCUCCGGCGCCGGCGGUUGGGAGCUGGUGCUGUUCGAAACCACCACAAAAUCGGCGCCGAUUACGACUGCUUCUGCCGUUGAUAACGCGGGACACAGUUUCUGCGCUUCUUUCGACGAUCAGAACGCUUUGCACCACACUAACCCAUUUAACCCAUUUCUUCAGGAUGAAAUGGCGAGUGGCGCCGCGGGUGCAUUUUCAAUGGCUUCGACAUUUCAGGCGGCACCGACGUUCAGCGCGAGCAGUCCGGAGGAGACGACGACGGGGUUUCGGGCGCAGGAGAACGACCUUUUCGCUGCCCCGACGUUCAGCGCGAGCAGUCCGGAGACGACGACGUUUCAGGGGCAGGAGAACGACCCUUUCGCCCCGUGUGCCGCUGCUUCGACGGUCGGCGCCCAUGAUCCGAAGGGUGAAGAGGGGAGCUCGGAUCAGCAGAAUAACCUGCUGCAGGAGCAGCAGUUGUGGUUGCAGCACCAAAACGCGAUCAUAGGAAAGCGGUGUUCUUGACAACUGAA